UCGCGCGGCAUAAAAUACGAUUGAAAUUCUUUUAUUCCCCCCCUCUAACCUUUUCUUUCCUCUUUUCCUUCACAAUUUUUAUUUUUAUCCUCAAAGCCCGUUAUUUUAAAAAAAAGUUUUUUUAUUUGUUCUUCAUUCACGCCUUUCCCCUUCUCUUCAAAAAUAUGUUAACAACAACAAAUAUUCCUUUAAAUAAUUCUCAAAACCCAUUAACAACCCCCAAACAUUCUUCUAACAUUCCCGAUCGCCCUUCUUCUUCUUUCAAUUUUUCUUCUUCAUCUUCUUCAUCUUCUAUUAAUUCUUUAUCUUCAUCAAAACGAAAGAAACAAAAUGGUGUUUGGUGGGGAAUUUUGGAAGAAAAAGAAGAAAAUAAAUUUAAUUAUUUUGAUUCUUCUCGUUCAUCAUUAUUAUUAAAUAAAAAUAAUAGUAGAUAUUUAAAUCAUCGUUCUUCUUCUCUAAUUCUUCAUAGAAAUGGAACUUUUCGACAAAAAGGACCGGCACAAAAAAUUAUAUCUGUUGAAAGACCACCAAUUUAUUAUUAUUUAUUUAAAAGAAAUUAUAUUAAUUUACGCGCACAUAAAAGUGAGAAAAGAAAAAAUAAAUGUACUUAUAGUCCAACAACGAUUGUACAUUGA